GCAUAUCCGCCACCACCAACAACACACAUCACAUCAGAUCAGAUCAGAUCAACAAACAUGGCUGACGCUUAUCUCUAUCACCUCUGCUCAUCCUCACUCAGUCUGACGGCGGGGUGCGGGGUUUAACCCUCCUUUCAGAGCCCGCUGCCCUACGGCUUGUUGCUGGGAGGGGUGAUGGAAAGCAGCGGAGGAGACAACAGCCCAUCUCGGAGUGAAAGCGCCGGCUCCGACUCUUGGAUGCGCUCCUGGGACAACAGCAGCACUUUAUCGGCUUUAAACAUCGGAAGUGGUUCAGAAAUAGACGGUGGAGAUGAAGAUAAAGAAAUUGCAUCGAAAGCUGUGGCGUUUGUUAUCAGAAGCUCUCGAAAGGGUGUUGUCCCACUCUGCGCUGAUGUUGCCAAUCUCCUGAAGAUCAAGUGGAGAUUAGAACGAACCAUCAAAGCUCAACAACUGGAGAUCCAUCGCUUGCUCAGCAUGUCACGGGCACAUUGCAAUCAUUCCUCAGCCAGCACUCAAACCAACUCCAGUGUCCUCGGCUGCGCAGACCCUUCUUCAAGUGCCCAGUCUGUUUCACAGAUGACAGAACCGGUAAGUUGUGAGGAGGAACAGCAGCUUGUGACCCAGGUAUCUCCCAGGGUGCCUCACCAUCAACUGGAUCGAAAACCACUGGCAAAACCUGUCUCUGCACCACGGAAUGUGGAGUCACCACAGAAGCCAGUCCAUAGACAUAAGUCCACGGUGUCUCGAGAAGUCCAAGUGGAAUGCCCUAAGCUCCUUAUGCAGAAGCGGUGUGAGGAGCAGCUAAUGGAAACGCUGCUAUUAAAUUCCAGACUGACAGAAGAUUUGGGGAAUGCUUGGAAUCAGAUUGAACAUCUACGUGACCGUCUAAGACAGAGUGAGAAACAACAAACCCAGGAGAUUUUGUCAAUGGAAUGUACGUACCAUGAAAACGGCACUGGGCAAACAGGUGACUCUAGACCACAUGACCGAGAACCAAUCACCACAGCUUGCCGAUGUGCCAAUCAGGACACAGCACAAACCAGUUACAGAGAAGAACAAGGUAUCAGAGAGCAGACAAAUAGAACAGACGAGGGGAACUUGAGAAAACACUCAAUAAAUUGUACACUCCCAACAAAGGAGGGACAGUUACAAUCUACAUACCAUGCACCAAAGGCAAGAAGUCUUGACUUUCUGGUUGAUGCCACUUUAAGUUACUCCGUCUUCCCUUUUCCUAUGGUGGGCUGCCAGUGCUCCAGCUGCGUCUCUUUCUUUAGCAAUUACAAAUUGACGAAUGGUCACAAUGGCCAUGACAAAGAAAUCAAACCAUUGCUGCACUUGCAGAGACAGAAAGUUCCCAUUAACAUAAAUGAUUACGUGAUUGUAAAUGGCAACAAGUCAGGCACUGCUCGCUAUGUUGGCCAUUUGGAUGGUUCAGGAAUGGCCAAUGCAGUCUUUGUAGGAGUUGAGCUCGAUGAGCCAAGUGGACAGCAUGAUGGCACAUUUGAAGAAAAGAGAUAUUUCCAGUGUUACGAGAACUUUGCCAUUUUUGUUCCAGUGCACGAGAUAUUUUAUGUAAUAAGUAAAAAGCCAAAGAAAUCCAUUUCACCUCCAACUCUAAGCUCAUCGCAACAUCAGCAUUCCCUCGGAUCCCUCUCCACUUUGACCAACAAUUCUGGGGUCAGAGGAGAGCACAACCAUCAAGCUAACUCCAGGAAGAAGAAGCAGCAUGUAUCUAAGAACCUCAGUGCAACUAAGAGAGUUCUGAGGAAGUCGGGAGCAUCUACCUCCUCGAGGACAUCCAGCACGAGUGUGAUCCCCUCUCAGGAAGAAUGGAGUGACAGUAAUGAGAGGACAGAGAAGGCAUCAGUCUCCUCCCUGCAGCCAAAAAUGAGUAACCGGGCUUCCACUAUCACCGCAAGUCUACCUCCUGACUUCACCCAGUACAGACCAGCUCACGCACCAAACAGAGCGAGCCCCAGGAAUGUUUCGAGCAGGUACUGACGAUGGAGAACUGACAGUGUCACCAAGAAGAGCAGUCAGACCGAAGAGAAGGAUGUUUUCCGAGAACAGAAGAUGCUUGGAGUCAUCAUUUUUCCCACAGCGUAUCGUUCACCUUACUUAGUGAGCAGCACCAAAACCAAGACUCGCAGACAUGGAACUUACUGGUUGAGGGCCUUGCAAGUAGCAUUAGUGAACCUGCACUGACUGCUGUAAUCCAGAACCGGGUAGCUCUGAUAGCCACACUGUCUCAGUUUACUGUAGCAUUUAACAAUGUUGUUACAAACCUCUACUAAAUAAAACCUGCACUGAAAUCAGA